CCUCUCUCUCUCCUUUCUCUCUCCACUCCUCUCUCUCUCUUCCAGCUCUCUCAGAAAGAAAGAAAGAGAAGAUGUUAUCCAUGGCGGUUCAACCAACUCCAAAGGCCACAUUGCCAUCUCCAUUCUCCUCCGUCUCUAAAAACCCCUUCAAAUUCUCUCCAGUCUCCGUCAAAACAGAACCCCCACAUCUCCAUUUCUCCAAAAUCAAAUCCCGCCGGACAAUCCAACCGCUGCCCGUCGCCGCCACCGAAGUGGCUGAAACAGAAGCACCCACCGCCACCGCAGAUUCUCCCGAACCCCAGGUGGUGGUGGAAGCAGAGGCGAAAACAAUGGGGAAACCAAGGUUGGUACUGAAGUUCAUAUGGAUGGACAAGAACAUAGGACUUGGUCUGGAUCAAGUAAUACCAGGCCAUGGUUCUGUGCCUUUAAGCCCUUACUUUUUCUGGCCAAGAAAAGAUGCUUGGGAAGAACUCAAAAUCAGCCUUGAGAGCAAACCUUGGAUUUCUCAGAAGAAAAUGAUCAUUCUCUUGAACCAGGCCACUGAUAUUAUCAAUCUCUGGCAACAAAGUGGUGGCAGUUUGUCCUGAAACUUAUUACACAUUUCACUUCUUGUAUUUAUGUUGUAGUAAUUGUGUUUCUGCCUUUUUGGGGAUAAUUUGAUUUGAGUUUUGCUUAUUUGUUUUUU